AUGGCAUCUGGAAUUGAGGAUGCAAAACUGGAAGAUAUUAAAGUGAAGUUGUUCAAUUGCGCCAUGCAAAGUGAUUGGGAAGAAGUUGUAAGACUAUGCGAGCUACACCCCAGUGCUCACAGGGCUAUCAUCCCUGCAUCAGGGGAGACAAUAUUGCAUAUGGCAGUCUCAGCUGAGAAAGAAGAAAUAGUUGAACAAUUGGUUGAACAGAUUAGUCCGUCCGAGCUUGAUGCUUUGAGGAUUGGAAAUGAGGAGGGAGACACUCCUCUCCACUUGGCUGCAUCAAUAGGAAAUGUUCAAAUGUGCAAUUGUAUCACUGCUAAGGAUCCAAAUUUGGUGGGUGUUCGCAACAGAGAAGCUGAAACACCGCUCUUCAUGGCGGCCCUCCACGGACAGAAAGAUGCUUUUCUUUUCCUACAUGGAAUGUGUGAGAUCUCUGAACACCUCUAUUACACUCAGAGGCAUGAUGGCAGAACUAUCCUUCACUGUGCUAUCGCUAGAGAAUACGUCGAUUUGGCAUUCCUAAUAAUUCAUCACUACAGAGAUCUAGUUGACUCGGUUGACGAGAAUGGACUUACCCCUCUCCAUCUCCUGGCGAGUAAGCCCACUGCAUUUAGAAGUGGUACUCCCCUCGUCUGGUUCGAAAGAAUUAUCUAUCAUUACCUCAAGUUAGUUGAGCUUCAGCAACAAAUCCCAGAGACUUCUAAGAGAAAAAGGAUACUCGAGGGUCCUGAGAACUAUCAAACAUGCAUGUACUUCGGGGACAUGAUUAAAACAUCAGAAAAAAAGAACACACCAAUAUUAAUUGCAGCAAAGAAUGGUGUGAAGGAAAUGGUGGAGAAAAUCCUUGAAGUUAAUCCAGUUGCCAUUAACGACAAGAACGAAGAAAAAAAGAAUGUAGUAUUGUUAGCAGUGGAGAAUAGACAGCCUGAGGUGUAUGAGCUCUUAGUUAAGAGGAAGUUUCGGAAAGAUAGUGUGUUCCGAGCAGUUGACAACAACGGGAACAGCGCAUUGCAUCUGGCUGCAAAGUUAAGUAAUUAUCAACCUUGGCAUAUUACUGGAGCUGCAUUGCAAAUGCAAUGGGAAAUGAAGUGGUAUAAGUAUGUCAAGGAUUCCAUGCCGCCGCAUUUCUACACUCAUUACCACGGCAGUAGACCCACUCCAAAGGAGAUCUUCACGAAAGACCAUUCUGACCUUCUGAAGGAAGGAGGCAAAUGGCUGAACAACAUUUCCAGUUCCUGCUCCGUUGUUGCAACCCUCAUUGCAACCGUUGCUUUCGCCACAUCUGCCACUGUGCCAGGCGACUUCAAUGAAGAGAAUGGGAACCCAAAUCUUGCACACCAAUCAGCUUUUAAUCUCUUUGCGGUUUCAUCACUAAUUGCUCUCUGCUCUUCAGUGACUUCCCUGGUCAUGUUUCUGGCGAUUCUCACCUCUAGGCACCAAGAGGAUGAUUUUCAUGAGGAGUUGCCUCGGAAGCUUUUAUUUGGUUUAACUGCUCUAUUCAUAUCAAUUGCGGCUAUGUUGGUCUCUUUUUGUGCAGGACACUUCUUUGUCCUCAAAGAUGAACUCAAAAAUGCUGCCCUUCCCGUAUAUGCAGUUACCUGCCUUCCAAUAUCAUUUUUUUCUAUAGCCCAGUUUUCCUUAUACUUUGAUCUUGCGUGGGCUACUUUUAGGAAGGUACCACAACGAAGUUACAAGAUGGCUUUCUAG